CCCCGCCGGGAGGCGGCUUGGCCUCGCCGGCUUGCCGUAGCAGGGGCUGGCGGGGGGCUGCCGCCGCUGUUACCGCCCGCCUGUGGGACUUCCGUGCUGACUGGGCCGGGCCGGUUCGGGUCUCCGCGAUGUCGCAGAAUGGGCCGAGCGUUACCCUGUCCCUCACACUGCCCAUCACAUGCCACAUCUGCUUGGGGAAGGUCCGUCACCCAGUCAUCUGUGUCAACAACCAUGUCUUCUGUUCUGUUUGUAUUGAAGUGUGGCUGAAGAACAAUAAUCAGUGCCCAGCUUGCAGAAUUCCCAUUACGCCUGAAAAUCCAUGCAAAGAAAUUAUAGGAGGAACGAGUGAAAGUGAUCCUAUAUUUAGUCCGACAGUCAGAAAACACCUACGUAAAACAAGGCUUGAAUUGCUCCACAAAGAAUAUGAGGAUGAAAUAGAAUCCCUACAAAAAGAAGUGGAAGAUCUGAGAGGUAAAAACCUCAGUUUACAGACACAGCUGAAAUCUCUUCUGGAUCCUACGACAUCAUCUUUGUCUUCCCAAAAUGAGAAUAGUAACCAAUCAGCAAAUGAAGCAAGUAUCAGUGGCCCAGGAACCCUGGAGGAAUGGAGCAAAAAGCUGAAAGCUGCCAAUGAUAUGUAUGAAAAAGUGAUGGAUAAUGUGGAAAAGCUAAAGGAGGCAAAUAAGAAACUGAGCAUGGAAAACAGUAGCCUUUUAAGAGAGAAUUUGCGACUAAAAGCUGAAGUUGAUAGUAGAUCACCCCAAAAGUUUGGUAGGUUUGCAGUAGCUGCACUUCAGUCCAAAGUAGAACAAAGCGAACGUGAAAUGAACCGACUAAAAAAGGCACUGGAAAGAAGUGAUAAAUACAUAGAAGAAAUGGAGUGUCAGCUUUUACAGCUGAAAAAUGCAGGGAAAGGAACCCAGACAGUGAGUGCUGUAAGUGAGAGAGUGCUUUCCACAGAUGCUAAAGGAUCUGAGAGCAGUGAAGAUACAUGUUUGAAAACCCAAGUUGAGGAGAAAAAAGCUUUGACUACCAGUCAAAGUACUGACAGUCUUGAACAGCUGACAAGUGGUGGAACCUCUCUGAGCUCUUCUAGUCAAGAUGGUUCAAAUGGCUCAAAUACCCAGUGUGCCCCAAAGAAAGAACUAUUUCCAGGAUGUCAGGGAGUUCUGAUGGAUGAAAAUUCCACAAACAUGGAUGCCUGUUUAGAAGAGCAGUGGAAUAAAAUUGAGGAAUGUGCCCCAUAUAAGACUGAAGAACUUUAUGAUCUUCGACCACCGUGCACUCCUUUCCUGUCUCUCAGUCGCCUUCACUUGAACACUCCCGAGGGAAAAGAAAAUGCAAGGAAACCACCAACAUUCCUGAGAAAACUGAAGUACGAAGAGUUUUGUGACACUUCGGAUGAUUGCAGCAAAGAUUCUGCAGAGCACAGCACAAGCAGCUGUAACAGUGAAAAGAAGCUAAACUGUUUUACUACAGGGAAAUCAGGUUUUUGGGGCACCUGCCCAACAAAUUUUGCUGAGAACUUAGAUUUUGAUGAAUCAGGGCAAAAUUCAGUAUCUGGUCAGUCAGAUGAGACAUCAGCAAAAUCCAGUGAUAAAACAAGUUCUUGCUUGCCUAGAAGGUUGCAUGCUCUCUGUUUCUCUGAAAUGAAUCGCACGAGAACCUCCAGUGAGGCAUCCAUGGAUGCUGCCUACCUCGAUAAAAUUUCCGAAUUGGACUCCAUGAUGUCUGAAUCAGACAAUAGCAAGAGUCCGUGCUAUAAUUCCAAGUCCUCUGAUCUUGAUAGUUCUUCAAAGUCAACAGAAUGCACUAAGCUUCUAAAUGAAACAGAGAAGAAACUGGAAGAGAUGAAUGAGGAACAGAGUCUGAAGUGUCCAGAGACAAGCGAAUUAGCAGUUGACAGAACUAGCUGGAAACCUGCUAUGUUUUCCAUCCUUUCCCCAUCUGAGCUAGAUAUGAAUGACCACUUCUCAUCGUUCACAGGCCAAAACAUAGUGGCUGGUGAUAUCAAACCUCCAAACUGUUUAUUUCAAAGAGACUUUUCACAGAAUUCACUAUUCAGUAACUCACAAAGGUUGGCUGAAGAUCAAAAGUUCAGUUCCUGCUUUUUAAAAAUGUCAUCUGACCUGCACAAUCAGCUUAAUCCUCCUUGGGUGUCUUCCUUUAUCACUGAAAGGAAAACCAAAAAUGUCAGUCAGUCAGCCAAGAGGAAAAUUCAAACCAGCCUUUCUAGUGCUAGUCCAUCAAAAACCACAAAAAACUGACUCUGCUUGGAAAUCGAGUGUGACUCAGAGGCAUCAACCUGCAAAUGUUUAAUAUCCACAGGUGAACUUAAUUUUUAAUGACUUCCAUGAAAUCUGAUCCUGUCUUUUUCGUCUAUGUGAAAACUGAACAUCCCCUUACCCAUUCCAAGCUCUUUCCUAGGGAAGAACCAGUCCAGAUUCGUUCUUUGGCUGGACAUUUUGUUUACUUGGGGGCUUUGGUGGUGGGGUUUUUUUCAGGUUACAUGAUCCUGCAGUGGUGAGCACAACUAAUGGCUCCCUUGAAGAGGACAGUUUUAAGUGUUCUUGUCAGAUCAGUCAUUUAUGUACGAAACUGUUUUAAAGGUUACAUUUCCCAUUCCUAAAGAUUACAUUUUGUGCAUGUAAGGCAGCUACUGGCUAUAUAUCCUGUGAUUUCAUGGAAUUGCUAUAAAACAACGUCACUUUUGCCAUAAAACUAUCCUCCCAGGGGAAAUGCUGCUUGGACUGUUUCAUAGCACUGUACUGUACUGAAACCCUUGUUUUAAGUGGAUGUAAAGUAAUGGCCUCUUUCUUUUCAGGGUUACAGCACUUCAGUUAGAAAACAUCUCUUCUUUAACACUGCAGACAUGGCUUGUAUUUUUUUUAAGUUAAGCACAAUUUUUAAUUACUUCCCCAAAAUCAUUGUUAUUCUAAAUGUGUUCACUAUGCUGGUAUAGACCAUAAAAAUGGGUUUGUAUGCUAAUGACUUGUUUACCUAAUGUGCACUGACCAUUUUACAUUAAUACUGUACCAUUUUACAUUAAUACUGCAUGCUUUUCUAUGUGAAUUGAAUAAAACAUGUUAUAAGCACUGUAA